GAGGUUAUUCACCAUCGAGCACCCGUCAUGUCCACUGGGCUGAAAGCGAGUGUCGUCUUACUAACCGUUGUUGCUAUGGUAACAGCAACCGGUGGCUCACCGCCAAGCAAGAAAUGUCCGUUUCAUCAGUUCUUUGAUACGGGACCAACGACUGCGAAUCGUGUCGGGAAUUCUGCGAUAACAUGAAUCUCACAAGAUCUGAAGAAAUGUGCAAGAAAGAAUGUCCAGAUUAUCUCCGGUCCAUGAACUGCAAAGCUGACCAAUAUUACGAUGAUGUGGUGCACAACUGUGAGCACUGCUCAGAGCUGUGUGAUGACCACAUCGUCAAGAAGACGACUGACGAGUGUUUCAACAAGUGUCGAGACUACUUCCCGAGAGAGCAGAAUCCGAAGCCAGCAAACAAUGAGGUGCACUUGAAGACCGUCUCCAACUCUGAAGGGAAAGGUGGCGGGACCCUGCAGUUGGGUUCUAAUAGAGGGAAAUUAGUGGCGAUCAUCGCCAUACCAUCUGCUGCAGUCAUCGUAUUCAUCGUGGUGGUCAUCACGAUUUGGUUUUGGAAACGUCGUCCUCGUCGUCCGGACAACAGACUUCCGGAAGUCCUGUACGCGGCUGCCACUCAGGAGGACGGUGAUGUUACCAGCGAUGAUAGGGGUCAGAGGUCACCAAUCGCGCUAAUGUCAGGAGAGGCGUAUCCUGAAGAUUUUGGUCCGUCCUGCCACUCAGUGUGUGAAGACAGUGGAGCUGAUUGCAGAUCAUCGGUCCCGUCGUCUGUCGUCACAUCUUGAUGUUGGCUUCUGUUUUUGUGAUGCUGCUAUGUCUAUUGAAGAGACUGAUCAUUUGUAGCUGGCCAGGCUGGAGGACUUUUGUGAGGAGAUGAGAUACGAGACGAGAGCAAUGUUUGUGGGGCUCAUGAUGACAAUGUCUGUAUGUGAGUAAGCCAAGGAGGGGAAAGCAGGAUGACCCUGUCAUGACACACUGUAAUUUAAAAGGGGAAAGGAGGCAUGAUGUUGUCAUGACAUACUGUGAUGUAUAAGCCCACAAUGAUGUCCUAUGGGAUCAAUCAUGAUGUCUUGCAUUGACUUCCCGAGUUCUCUGAAACGCAGGGUGAUGUUUGCGCAGGUCCUUUGGCAGUCAUGGUAAUGUAUCUAUCACAGGGUGACAAUAUAACGAUUUUUGGGUAAAAUUUGCGUGAAUCAAAAUGACCGUGUAUGAAAUCCGUCGUGGAUUCAAGUGCCCCCCCCACUGUUUGAUGAAAUCUGUUGAUGCCCUACUCACCCACUUCCACAAACCUGCUGAGCAGUAUUGUAAAUAUUGAGAGUAUAUUAUGUCAGAAUCCUCUUCCUGCAAGGAAGGUUUUUAUGGUUAAAUGUUCUUCCUGUACUGGUGAGCCUGAGAACAUAUCAUGAAUGUGUGUCAGGAAGGCACUCAGAAUUGUUUUGUGAUUGCAAGUACUCCCCCACACUGUACAUACAAAAACAAUGCAUGAAAAAAAUGCAUGGGGGAAAAGAAAAAAGAAAUAAAAAAACUGACAAUAAAUAAAAUAAAAUAAGUUAACAACUAAAAAAUUCAGUAUUGUGCCUGGCGAAUUGUACUGCUGAAAAUUAUUGCCUAUCAUGUAAAUGGUGCUGUUUGUUAAUGGAUGUAGUUUAUGUGCACAGACAUUCAGCUUUGAGAAGUCACGGCUGCAAUGAACUGUCUAGUUAGGUACAUCUUUGUGGAGAUAGAAAUACAGCUUUUAAGUCUAGUAGAGUGCUGUCUCCUCUCAGCCUGUAUUCUUGUAAUCUCCUAUUCCGUAGUUUGAAUGUCUAGGCUCACUCCUUUGGACACUAAUAUUGUUCAAAUGUAUGUGUUGCUCGAUCGUGAGCAGUUUGAAUUUGUAACGGCAACUGUGUGUUGGACGGAUAUCAUUGAAAGAAAGGCAGAUACAUUCUUUCUGUUGACAUUCGCCUCAUUGAACCAGUUGAGCCUCCAUAGGAAUCUGGCCAGUCUGAUUUCCUCAAAAUGUUAUGACAGGACAGCUUGGAGUCUGUUGUUUCUACUGUGAUGUCCACCUUUGUAUAUCUUACUAUUCUGAACACGUAAACAACAAAGUGCAUUUCGCGUUUUGUCCAAGUAUCAACACAUUCCUGCUCUGACAGUCUGAACUGUUUGUGGAUUUUGUGAUUUAACUGUUCAUGAGCUGUCUGUUGGGCCUUAACUGCACAUAUCAACUGCUACCUGUCUGUUGAUUAUGUUUUCUUUGUUUUGCAUGUUGAACACUCAGAUAUGUCUGUUAACCUGUUAUUUCCUUUGUUGUUGUUGUGCCAGUGGGUGAGUUGUAUACAUACAACGUUGUUUGACCAAUUGUAGAAUAGAUUGGUGUUGGUAUUUUAAUUUCUCUGUUCUUCACCCACUUGUGAAGCACUGUCAGCCACCUAAAGCCAGUCAUAGUUUUGUUUAGUUAUAGCACGAACCUAUAACCAGUCCGCGGUUAUAGACUGAAAACGGCAUUAUCCAUUUGCACUUGCUCAAACAUAUAUUUAUGCUAAUUAUGUAUGUUUGUACGUGUGUUUGUCUGUGUGUCUGUACAAGAGUGCAAGAAAGGGAAAGAUGGGAGAGAGAGAUUUUUAAUGACGAGUGCCCACACUUUGAUUGCUUUUUAAUUGCUUUAAUUGUUGUCCACAAUUUGGAGUUGUUUACAUUUCAAUAUAUAACUCGUCACUCGGAAGACAGAAGUAAGAAAGAAAGAAAUUGUUUUAAUUAUAUUAAAGCCAUUUUCAUCAUUUCA